AUGUGGCCUAUUGAAAUAGUUGUACUUGUCAUGCACUAUGCUCAUGUUCAAGACUUGGAAUCGUUUGUGAAAGGAAUGGGAGUACAGAAAAGCCCUGUGAUAAAGGAAUAUAUGGGUCGUCGUUUGAAAACCGUAGUUUCAAUCCAUGGAAGCUAUUUUGAGGACGAAAUUGAUAGAAACCAUUGUCAGCAACUAUGCGUUAUUGACAAAGAUAAACAUGGUGAUUGGAACCAUUUUGACUCGAUAUAUUGCUGUUUGAAGUUGAAAAGACUACAUAUGAAGACGCACAAUGUAGAUGUUCUUUCUAAUUUAUUUGAUCAUAUACCUCCAACGCUAGAGAUAUUGGAGAUAUUAAUUGAUGGCAACAUUACAGGUUGCCUACGAAGAUAUAAACAAAAAAAUCAUUUGGCCUUAAACUUGAAAAUGCUAACGAUUGUAAACAAGAGCCAUUGGAACCAAAAGAAAAUACAGAAGAUCUACGGCUACUCAGCCCAAGAAUUGAAGAGACAAGUUGAUCUAGGUAGAAACACCGAAACAACAUUUUUACGAGGUUACGGUAAGUACAAGAUGAAAAGGGUAGGUUAUUGCUUUGAUGAUCCUAAAUAUGGAAACUUGCAAUAUUUAGGAUCAUUACUAAGCAACAUCGUUAAGGACUCCUUCAAAACCAUUCAAAAUGUGGGCUGCUUUGGCCUUGAUAUCUGUUGGAUCUUCCAUAGAUAUCAUUCCGCAAUUUAUGGAUCACUCAGGAUAAUCAAAACUGAUUGCAACUCAAUGUUGAAUCUCUCAAUUUGGAAACACCUCCUAAGUCAGAAAAAUCUUGAGUUUGUAGAUACUAGGAAACUGAAGCCUAUGGUGGCUAUAUUUAGUAGAUCUUUCGAGAACAACUGCAAGAUAAUCGACAGCUUAGGUAAUUGUGCUUACGUGAAUGGAAGCGCAAUGAAGCUUUUACAGCAAUACACAGUAGUAUAG